CACCGUAUUACAAUUCACCUGUUCAAUUAAAACUGAAAUGAGAAUAGUACGUAACCAAAAUUACACUUCCAACAAAACUAAAUUUGUUUUAGUUGUUGUGGCGUACCACGAUCUUCUACAUGCAUGGACGGCUAUGGCGUCUUACCUUAUUCUGGUAAACGCCCAUCUUCUACCUCCAAAAUUCGAUGCCUUGUCUCUUGUCGAUGACGUGCAUCUCCUGUCCCGUCUUAUUUUCUAUGACGAUUCUUUCUAAAGGAUGCUAAUUUCGUUAAUUUAUCAACAGUAAUUUCCUUGAGUAAUCUGAACUUUCACGCUUGAUCACCGAAGAUGUUCAGAUGUUUCAGCUUUACUGCGUCGAGGGAUUGGUUCUUCCGUUACUCCUUCUCCUUCGCCGGCCUCCGCUCAGUGUCUACAGAUCUCGGCGACACCACCGUCAUGCACUGUUGGGUCCCCAAGACUCACAAUCCUUCCAAACCCAAUCUCCUCCUCCUCCACGGAUUUGGCGCCAAUGCAAUGUGGCAAUACGGCGAGCAUCUCCGCCAUUUCACCUCUCAUUUCAACGUCUACGUCCCGGACCUACUCUUUUUCGGUUGGUCAUUCACGGACCGGCCGGAGCGGACCGAGGGGUUCCAGGCGCAGUGCGUCGCUCGAUUGAUGGAGGCGCAUGGGGUGCGGCAAACGAGCCUGGUAGGAAUAAGCUAUGGCGGGUUUGUUGGGUACAGCAUGGCGGCGCAAUUCCCGGAGAAACUGGAGAGGCUGGUGCUCUGCUGCGCUGGGGUUUGCUUGGAGGAGAAGGAUAUGGAGAAUGGUUUAUUUAGGGUUCCUAAUUUGGAGGAAGCCACCCGCAUUUUGUUGCCCCAGACGCCGGAAAAGCUCAAGGAGCUUAUGCAAUUCUCAUUUGUGAAGCCUAUGAGGGGUGUCCCCUCUUGUUUCCUUUCAGAUUUCAUAGAUGUGAUGUGCACAGAUUAUGUACAGGAGAAGAGAGAAUUGAUCAGAGCAAUCCUCAGGGAUAGAAAGCUUUCUAAUCUUCCCAAGAUCACACAGCCAACUCUGAUAAUAUGGGGAGAGCAAGAUCAGAUUUUCCCACUUGAACUAGGGCAGAGAUUGGAAAGGCACGUGGGAGAAAAUGCGGAGCUAGUGGUGAUUAAGAAUGCAGGGCAUGCAGUGAAUCUGGAAAAGUCAAAGGAGUUUGCAAAGCAUUUAAGAUCAUUCCUGAUUGCUGAAUCACGAUUACCCCAUUCUUCAUCUUUCUCAACCAACCUUGAUAAACCCGAUUCUCGAAGAGGCUUCCUUAAUCAACCUUCGAGAUAGGCCCCAAGGACCAUGUAAAGUUUGAGUUGAUUUGUAUAUGUAUGUAGAGAUUUUUAUUUGUUUUAAAUAUAUAUGUAUAUAAUUAUACAUACAGGUCUUUUAUCCGUCACAAAACAAAUCCACGGUUUCAAAUUUUCUCCAUCCAUCAACCUGUUAACCAAUCACUUUCUAAAGCUUACUCUGAUCUUCACGCUUCUCCUCCUCCACUCAAAACACA